UCACACACGUGGCACAUGCGCAGUUUCUCGCCGGUUGCACCAUAGCUCUCGUGGUCCGAAAACAUCACACGAAAAAUUAUCCAAAAAUCACCAUCAGAUUAACAAAACCUGGGAAAAUGGAUCCACCACAGAACGCUCCCGACUCUUGGGAUUCCAUAGAAGAUCCCGGGCCCGGAGACAGCGGGCAAUCACUCGCGGCGGACUUCAAUUCUUUAAACGUGAAUGCUAAGCCAUUCGUUCCCAAUGUUAACGCACCUUCUUUUGUGCCUUCAUUUCUCACCAAACCAGAUCCAGUACCAGCUCAAGAAGAAGCUAAAGAAAAUGUCCAACAAGAGAUGGAAGUGGAAUAUAAACAGAACGACCAAGAAGAAGAGGUGGUAGAGGAUGCUCUUUCAGAAGAGGAAGAUGAAGAGGAAAGGCCAAAGCCUAAACCAGCCGCCAUCAAGAAAAGAGUAGAAGUAGAAGAGGAGGGUAACGGGCUAGAGCAUGUCAACAUUAUCUUCAUUGGUCAUGUUGAUGCUGGCAAAUCAACCAUUGGAGGGCAUGUCAUGUAUCUGACGGGUCAAGUUGAUAAGAGAACACUGGAAAAGUAUGAGAGGGAAGCAAAAGAGAAAAACAGAGAAACAUGGUACCUGUCUUGGGCGCUGGACACAAACCAGGAGGAGAGAGAUAAGGGUAAAACAGUUGAAGUUGGAAGGGCAGCUUUUGACACAGAUACAAAGCACUUUACGCUACUGGAUGCCCCUGGACAUAAAAGCUUUGUUCCCAACAUGAUCAGUGGUGCAGCACAAGCCGAUCUGGGUGUACUGGUUAUCUCCGCUCGUAAAGGAGAAUUUGAAACAGGAUUUGAAAGAGGAGGGCAAACGAGAGAGCAUGCCAUGUUGGCCAAGACAGCAGGCGUUAAACAUCUAGUGAUCCUUGUCAACAAGAUGGAUGAUCCGACAGUGAAGUGGAAUGAGGAAAGAUAUGAAGAAAUAAAAGUAAAACUUACCCCUUUUUUGAAGAAGGUUGGAUUCAACCCUAAGACAGAUAUCAUGUACAUGCCAUGCUCAGGGCUCACAGGAGCUAAUUUAAAAGAGCCCUUAGACCCCCAAGUGUGUCCUUGGUACAGUGGUAAACCAUUUUUGAAAUACAUCGAUCAGCUUCCAUCCCUGACAAGAUCUGUGGAUGGUCCUGUCAGGCUCCCCAUUGCUGAUAAAUACAGGGACAUGGGAACCAUUGUUCUUGGAAAAGUGGAGUCGGGUACAAUAAACAAGGGACAGACACUUGUUCUUAUGCCCAACAAGGUCAAUGUCGAGCUGACGACAGUCAUCUAUGACGAGGAAGAAAUGACAAGUGCCAGGGCGGGGGAUAACGUCAAGUUAAGGCUGAAGGGUGUUGAAGAAGAAGAUGUCUCGCCCGGGUUUGUUCUCUGCUCCCCUCAUAACCUGUGCCACACUGUGCGUACGUUCGACGCUCAAGUGGUGAUCCUGGAGCACAAGUCCAUCAUUUGUGCUGGGUACAGUGCAGUGCUACACAUACAUAACGUGGUCGAGGAAGUCUCAUUCUUGACGCUUAUUGCCCUGAUCGAUAAAAAGACAGGGAAGAAGGGCCAGACCCGGCCACGGUUCAUCAAACAGGACCAGAUCGCCAUCGCUCGACUUGAAACACAAGGCGUCAUCUGCAUUGAGAAAUUCUCAGACUUCCAGCAAAUGGGCCGCUUUACUCUACGAGAUGAAGGACAUACAAUCGCCAUUGGAAAAGUCCUCAAGCUAAUUUCUUAAAUAUUUUGUCAUCGCAAAGUGUAAAAAGUAUGAACUGAGAAAGACAUUAAAGGCCGCCAAAUAUAAUGACAAACUGGUGAAUCGAGGAAGAACACCUAGUGAGGCUAACGUUAAAACCGGAUGUUGGCGUCAUAAGCAACAAAAAGACUGUGGCAUGGUGACUCUAACACAUGAAUGGCUACUUCCGGUUGAACUGCUAAAGUCGCGUGACGUGCUCGUGUGUUGGGCAUUUUAGCUGCAGAAGUCACGUGAUGUGCUCGUGUGAUGGUCAUUAGUACGUCGCCAUAUAUGGAUGAUCUGCAUGUGCCGAUUAACAUGACGUAAGAUACAACCAAUCGACUCACAUGCAUCACAGCAAAAGCACGUGAGUGGCCCGUGCUGCAGAAUGUCUGUCCGCGUGUAUCAGACAUAGGCUUGAUUUACAGCCGUCGUUACAGCGGGCUCACAUAAACGAGCUGGAAAUCGAGCGUAGUAUCAGACACAGAGUCAUGCAAGUCUCGUGAAAGACUCGUGCGAGAACUAUUGGUUUUGUUAGUUUCAGGCAAACACACGUGACUGGUUAUGUGCGAUAUACAGCAUCACGUGUAUAGCUCAAGUUAGCCGUCACUAUUCUGGUAAAAUAAUAAAAAAGAAGAAGCCAGCAUCAAAGAGGUUUUGAAAUUGUGCUCUAGUCAGGCGGCGGCAUUGUUGAGGAAGCAAGGAGCAUUGGUUUAUUUGGGUUGGACUUGUACCCAACCCCCUUACCCGAAAUCGUAUCCGAAAUUUCCAGAGGAGGGGGGGGGGAGUUGUUGGUCUGAGAACUUUCCUUGCAUUUUUUGUGCAAUCUGUACCUCCCUCAAUAAAACAAAUAAAUACAACAAACGGAUAUAUAAAUAAAUGCACUUAUGUAAA